CUGCUUUUACUUCAAGAGAGACUUGUGUAGUGCACGUUGCGUUCUGAGCAGGAGAGAGAUAUGGGUAGUGAUAGCGAAGUAGAGAAAACGGCACAGAAAGAGAAGGAGAUAAAGAAGCUAUUGGCUAUAGCCCCUAUUGCUAAACCACUCGCUGGAAAGAAACUCAGCAAACGUACCUUCAAACUCGUUAGGCGAGCUACGGAACACAAGUGCUUGAAAAGAGGAGUUAAAGAAGUAGUGAAGAGUAUUCGACGUGGUAAUAAAGGUUCACAUUGUCUUGUGGGAAAUUGCAGAUUGUGUGUUAUAGAUGGAAAUAUUUCUCCAGUAGAUGUUAUUACACACGUUCUGAUCCUAUGUGAGGAAUCUGAUAUACCAUACAUCUAUGUUCCCUCAAAAGAAGAUCUUGCAAAUGCUGGAGCAACAAAGAGGCCAACUUGCUGCGUUUUGGUAUUGACAAAGCUUACUAAGGGGGAACUUAGCCAGGAAGAUCAAGAGAAGCUGAAAGAGGAUUAUGAUCGAGUUGUAUCAGAAAUUCGUGAAACAACUUCAUCCUUGUUUUAA